AACCUCUGACCUUUUUUACCGAAAGCCGUAACGAUGGGCAACUUCAGAGCGUCAGGCUUUCCGGCCUCUAUGAUGUACUUGUUCGAACGCGACGCUGGCAUGGUGAGUGGCCGGGAAAGCAGAAAAGGAAUUUGCACGCACCCAAUACUAGAAGAUACGCAACCAUUCCCUAGUUUACUGUACUAAGUAAUAUGUCAGUUAUUCUCUCUCAGAUUACCUCUAUUGUAUUGUUUCUCCGUUUCAGCCCUAUUGUGCCUCAAAAAGGGCGAAAUCCGCAAAGGACAACACUUGCCUAUUUCGUCAAUGAUCAGUGACACAAGGAACUCAUACGCGCGAUCUUUCUCCGCUGCUGCCACUGCAGCCAUCCAAUUUCUUGCAUAUACCCCAAGGAUCCGGCGGUGAGCUUGAUAUUUUAACAUGCUGACUUCUUUCUAACAAAAAAUGGUUGUUAUUUGACAAGAUAUUAUUCGCCUUCUUAGAUCUCUGACGAUCGGGACCAAAUAACAUGGAGGACUCGGAUUUGAAAGGACUCUUGAGCCUGCCAAAUGAGAUUUUGCUGAGUAUACUGGGCUCUCUGAAUCUCACUGAUUUACUGAAAUGUCGUCUGAUAUCCUCGCGCUUUGACUCGGUCAUACGAUCUGAUGCAUCAUUCCAGUAUGCUAUUGAGCUGCGGGGUGCAGGUUACGAAGAGAUCCGUGCAUCUGGUCGAGAUCUGUCAGAACGAAUGGCGACCCUACGAGGUAAAGAAGACAAAUGGAAGAACCCCAACCUACACGUUGCCGGUCAUGUUGACAGUCCGACGGCUGUAACUAUCCCUUCUAACAACAUCUUUCAUCGGGUAACGAUUGUCAACGGUGCCAUGGUAACUUUAGGAUACCAUACGGCGACCGAUCCCCAAUGCGGCAAAGCUUUGGAACUGCUGGACUUCGAGAUUUUGGCUACCACAUGUACAGUUGUGCCAAAAGUGCUGCGGUUCGACUUCCCCUUCAUGACAUUUCAUAUCGAUCCUAUCGAAGAUCUUCUGGUUCUCGCUGCACCCGAUCCGGGUGCACAUUUCCCUAAUAAAUUUUAUUUCAGGUCUCUGAACACAGGAAAACCACAUCCACGUACACGGCAACCUGAAAUCGAGAUUCCGCUACUCCCCUUUGCAGUUACAUUUGAUGAUCUCCUCGGCGGUAUCAAAACCUUUGGUGAUCUCCUUGCGAUCCGUGUACGGACUUCAACUUUGGGGUCUCAACACGGUACAUAUCAUCUUUACCAUUGGCCUUCUGGUCGCCUUAUAAGAACAUGGAGCGAGUCGCCUCUUUCGGACACGUUUCAGGCAGGAAUCAUUCUUGUGAAUGAUGGAUAUGUUCUACUCCUAGUGUCACAAUUCCAACCUGUGGCUCUGCAAAUGGUUGAAGUUUACGCUACGCGACCUUCGUCCAACGGUGGAUUCUUCAACAUCGAUCUCGUGGCAAAGUUCAUCUUGCCACCGUUGACCCACCACGGCUUGUAUUUGUUACAAGGCGAAUCCGUGGGUUUCUCCGGAAUGUCUUCCACAGUGAAGCCAAUUCCACAUAUCUUGGUCCAUCUCACAAUAGAUUUCCGUCUACGGAUGUUCACACCUUUGUCAACCUUCCUCAAUUCACAGGUCAGAAGCCAUCCCGUCGGCGCAUCACCUCGCAUUUUCCUAUGGUCAGAGUGGGGCCCCAAGAACACCAGGUUCGUACCAUACGAAUUGAGGUCGCCACCUCCGGUCGUAAUCGGGUUGCGAGUCAUUUUAUCCGGAUCAUCUGAUUGGUACACCAUCUGGGAUUUCUCCCCACGUAGACGACAAGAACAUAUAUCUGGGCCCGGGAGUAAACGCCUAGCGUUUUCGGUUCAUAUGCCUUCAGACGUCGUGGAAGCGUCAGAGACUCUCGCAUUUGCCGAGGAUGUGGAAGCGACCUUACCGUGCCUUGUCGAUGCCAUAAAACUUCCUGCAAGCAGGCUGAGUGUCAACGCUGGAGCCUACUAUAUCUGGGUUGAUACGAUGGAUGGGCCGAAGGUCCUGAAGAUGGAGUACGAGGAGGGUAUCAGGAGAUUUGAUGUCAUAUCUUUCUGAUACUCCUUUUAUCCUUAAAUUAAGGGGAUUCGAUCAUACUUGCUUUCCAAUCUGCUUUCAUUCGCUUGGUUCUCACUGAUCAUAAUCGCAAUUGUCUUCUACAUACAACUUUUCUGAACACCUAGCAACGCUUCAAUCGACAAGAUCAUUUAUCACAGAGAUGACGAAUAUAUUGUACACUUCCUUUGCUACUUGCUUUCUAUCUAUGGGAUUUCAUUAUGUUUGUUUUCCUAUUAAGUGUUACAUCCUCUCCAAAUGAAGCGAAUGCAGAAGAAUUGUCCCU